AGACAAAUUGCUGUAACUGUGUUUAUUGAUGAUUCCAGGGCUGUGGGUAAAGCCCUGGCGGGGAGGGACACAGAGCGAGAUGGCUAAUGGAAUGCUUCAAGGUUGCUCCGUUGUCUGGAGCUGCAGACUAGGCGAGUGGAGGACGAGGCCUCAGGCACGCCGGCACCCAGUCACCCCCAGACAGAGGUGGACACAGGCAGAUGCUGGGUGCGGCCCUGGCCAAGGGGGCACGCACUCAUGCACAUUCUCACAGAGACUCAAGGCUGUGUCCAGAACUCCAACCAGUGCAAACGACUUAGUGCAAAUUGAAUUCAGAAGGGACAGGGUAGUGGGAGGGGUUGGGAGACAGAGUUAUGGAUGCUUUGAGUCUCUCAAGCAAAGGAAAGAGAGGAAAGGUCAGAAACGAAGAGACUGAGAAAAGAAGGAAAAAGAAGAGAGGAGGGAGGCGAUGGUAAUGGGGUCAUCCCACUGGAAGGAGCCCAGCUUCAGGAUGACAUGGUGGGCGAUGGCCUUGCAAUGCAGCAAGGGGGUGGUCACGAAGAUGGAAUUGCCGGGGUGGGUGCUGGGGUGCUGCUCUUCUCAUGGUGUCCAGUGGUGUCUCUGGUGUUGGGUCGACGCGAUCUCCUUUCUUUAACUUAAC